AUGAUCGAGUGGAUAAAGUCGGGCAUUGAGAAGGUCAUCCCUCAGCCUGAGCACCUCAAGGCAAAGGUAGAGAACUUGGCCAAGAACGAGGCUCCUCCUGCACCCAAAGUUGAAGCUCCUCCACCUACUCCAUCACCAAAACCAGCUGCAGAGGAGACGUAUGUACCUUCAGUAGAGCAGCAGUCCAAUGUGGUGGGCUGGAUCGUCAAUGGUAUUGGACGGAUGCUUCCUCAGCCUGUUCUCAAAUUGGAAAAUGGUGACAGUGUACAAAACACAGUGAACAGCAGCCAGGCCAAAAAUGACCUGGUUUUGGAGGAUCUCGAACAAAACAAUGAAAAGCAAGAAAAGCCUGCUCAGAAAGAAGACAAGCCACCAAAGAAACAGUCUGAAGAUGCAGAGGCCCAAACAGAACAUCCAGUUCUGAAGGACAGCAUCAAAAAGGAGACUGAGGAGGCAGUGCUGGCCCAGAUGGAGGAGAGGCUGCAGUUGGAGCGUCUGGCUGCAGCUCGUGCUGCAGAGGAGUUGGCCCUCAGAGCAGCAGAGGAGGCUGUGAGACAACUGGAGCAGGAACAUGCAGCAAAGAUCAUCAUAGACUCCAUCACUGAACCACAAGAUCAGUGA